AUUACUUUUUUAGGUUUGAUUUUUUUUAGGUUUGAUAUGUGUUUCAGUAGUAGUAUACCAUGAAAUACUCAAUAAUCAUAUAGAGAAAAAGGAAAAAAAAAAUAAAGUGUAGAAGAAUUCAAUUCCUUUCCAGGCCUUAAGAAAAUCUUUGUCGAGUGAAAAAUAUGCUUUAAAGAAGAACUGAAACUUUUUUUUCUUUUAUUUUUGUAUUCUGGGGCUUACUAGAUCUUCUUUCUGUCCCUUCUUCUAAUUAAGAAUAUUUAGCUUAUUUUGAAGAACUAUACUACUGUUUGUAAGUAAGGGAAGCUGGGAAGGGUUUGCUGGGUUUGCUGUGGGUGAUGGGAAUAAUUUCUAAUAACAAAGAAAAAUGACAUGGUGCAACAGCUGCGAGGAUGAUGACGAUGAACGAGUAGGGGGUGAUCAAAGAUCCCCACCUUCGAAUAAUCCCGUUGCAGAAGUUGCCGAGAAUUCCAAAGAAAUAAAUCAAACCAAUAUUUGUAAAACUUGCCCUUCUUGUGGUUAUCAAAUUCAGAGCCAAGAAAAGGCUGGAAUUCAUGACUUACCAGGACUACCAGCUGGAGUUAAGUUUGAUCCAACAGAUACUGAACUUCUAGAGCAUUUAGAAGGAAAAGUGAGGUCUGAUGUUCAAGAUCAUCAAAUUCAUCACCCACUCAUUGAUGAAUUCAUCCCUACACUUGAAGGAGAGAAUGGAAUUUGUUAUACUCACCCUGAGAAGUUACCAGGAGUAAACAAAGAUGGUUUGAUCCGGCACUUCUUUCAUCGACCCUCAAAGGCGUAUACAACAGGAACUAGGAAAAGAAGGAAGGUUCACACGGAAGAUGAAGAUGGUGGAGAAACACGUUGGCAUAAAACUGGAAAAACUAGGCCGGUUUUUGUUGGUGGGAAGCUAAAAGGUUACAAGAAAAUACUUGUUCUCUAUACUAACUAUGGUAAGAAGAGAAAGCCUGAGAAAACUAACUGGGUGAUGCAUCAAUACCAUCUAGGUAAUACUGAGGAAGAAAAAGAUGGAGAAUUGGUUGUUUCAAAAGUUUUCUUCCAAACACAACCCAGGCAAUGUAAUUCAUCAUCAGCUGUCAAAGAUUCAUUAUUACCACAUCCCGCUAAAUCCAAGGUUCAAAAUCAUGAGUAUGAUAAUAACUCGACUACUGUUUUAUAUAAGGAAUCUAAUAAUAGCCUUAAUGUCGAAUACUAUAACCCUAGCACUCGUAUGAUUUCAUACGGUGAAGCUGGCACUGAAAAUCGAGGAGGCCCAUCUCAUCAUCAGAUGAUUCCUAAUUUUGUUCUUCAUCAAGCUGGUGGGUCUUCGUUUCUUACCUAAACCUCGUGGUUCAGUUUUAACCCAAGGGUGUAAAGCAUUCUUUGCUGGAGUAUUAUUUGCACGCAAUUACAAAGGAGAUGACUGUUGUUGUGAGUAACACUCGAUGGAGACAAGUUAAGAAAAAUCAUACGUUGGUGGAUAAAGAGAAGAAAGCAUGAGAAUAAGUGUUCAAAUACAAGUGAGAUUUGGCUUUAGGCAAUUAAGGAUGUGCUCAGAGGCUCCUCCUGGUUAUGGCUUAGGUUUAGUGAACAUCAACUCUUACAAAAUUGAUGACAUUUUAGUAGUAUAUUGCUGGACGAUCCGUGUAAUUUGGUUUGUAUGCAUAACCGUACAAAGAAUGAUUCAUCAUGUGACAUGUAUUUUGCUGGAAUUUACUAUGAAACAUAUAGUUGGUUCUUUAAUUA